CGGCACGGCGCGCUGUCGGAAGUUCCUGAUCUCGUGGGUCGGGGAGGACUGGGUCUUCCUCAUCCUGCUGGGAAUCCUCACGGCCCUGCUCAGCUGGGGGAUGGACUUCUGCGUGGGCCUCUGUCUACAAGCACAGAUGUGGAUGUACGGCGGUCCGGACCGCAACGUGUUCCUGCAGUAUCUGGUCUGGGUCACGUACCCCGUGGUCCUCAUCAUCUUCUCUGCCGGCUUCACACAGAUCCUCGCCCCCCAUGCUGUUGGAUCAGGGAUUCCAGAGAUGAAGACCAUCCUGAGAGGAGUCGUGCUGAAGGAAUACCUGACCUUCAAAACCUUCGUGGCCAAGGUCGUCAGCCUCACUUUCACUCUGGGCAGCAGAAUGCCGCUGGGCAAAGAGAGUCCGUUCGUGCACAUCGCCAGUCUGUGCGGCGCUAUGAUCAGCAAGUUCAUGUCUCUGUUCGGAGGGAUUGAGGAGAACGAGUCGAGGAGCAUCGAGAUGCUGGCGGCGGCCAGCGCCGUGGGCGUGAGCUGCUGCUUCGCCUCCCCCAUCGGAGGAGUGUUGUUCAGCAUUGAAGUGACGGCCACGUUUUUCGCGGUGAGGAACUACUGGAGAGGUUUCUUUGCUGCUACCAUCAGUGCCUUCAUCUACAGAAUGCUGGCCGUGUGGAACGGGGACGAAGAGACCCUCACGGCUCUUUAUAAAACACACUUCCGGCUCGACUUCCCCUCUGACCUCCAGGAGCUUCCCGCCUUCGCCGUCCUCGGCAUUGCCAGUGGCUUCAUAGGGGCUUUGUUUGUCUACCUGAACCGGCUGAUUGUCAAGUUCAUCAGGAACCAGAAGGUCAUCAACAGAUUCCUCAUGAAAAAGCGUCUGCUGUACCCGGUGCUCGUCACGCUGCUGAUUUCCACACUAACGUUCCCACCCGGCUUCGGACAGUUCAUGGCAGGCAAGUUUACCGCGGAGGAGUCUCUGUUCACUCUGCUGGACAACCGGACGUGGGGCAAGCAGGGCAUCCCCGAGGACUACGACUACAUCGGACACUCCAACCCCUGGUUGCACCCGCAGGUCAACGUCUUCGUCACCCUGGUCCUCUUCAUCGUCAUGAAGUUCUGGAUGUCGGCUCUGGCCAUCACCAUGCCGGUGCCCUGCGGCGCCUUCAUGCCGGUGUUUCUCCUCGGGGCGGCCUUCGGUCGCCUGGUCGGAGAGGGCAUGGCAGCCUGGUUCCCAGAUGGCAUCAACACAAAUGGCACCAUCUACCCCAUCGUGCCGGGCACCUACGCCGUCGUGGGCGCGGCGGCCUUGUCGGGCGCCGCCACCCACACGGUCUCCCCGGCGGUCAUCGUGUUCGAGCUGACCGGUCAGAUGUCCCACAUGCUGCCGGUGAUGAUCGCGGUGAUCCUGGCCAACGCCGUGGCGCAGUCGCUGCAGCCGUCGCUCUACGACUCCCUCAUCCGCAUCAAGAAGCUGCCCUACCUGCCCGAGCUCGGUUGGGGGCGCCAGAAGAAGUACAACAUUCGGGUGGAGGACAUCAUGGUGCGGGACGUGCGCUACAUCACCCUGAACUGCUGCUACCGGGACCUGCACAACGUGCUGCUGACGGGGCACCUCAAGACGCUGGCGCUGGUGGAGUCGACCGAGUCCAUGAUCCUGUUGGGCUCCAUCGAGCGAGCUCAGCUGCAGGCGCUGCUCUCCCUGCAGCUGAGCCGGUCCAGGCGUCUGGAGUUCAUCAGGGAGCGAGCCGUGGGGGAGAAGAGGCGCCUCUCGGUGGCGUCCGACACGGGCAGCAAGGACGGCGGCCGCCUCUCGGUGGCGUCCGACGCGGGCGGCAAGGACGGCAGCCGCCGGGCAAGUCAGGAGGUCCACUUCCAGAUCUCUACUGAGGAGUCCACUUUCAGCCCAGUUCGUCCAGUCUCUCAGAAGCCCCUCAAACCUGCACUGAAGAGACCCUCUGUGGUGGAGCCACCCGCCGAGAUCCCCCUAAGCCCAGAUGAUAAUUCUGGCAUUGCGUUAAAGAACCUGUUCUGUGCCACUCCAGAGAAAGAAGGCCUGGAGAUCACAGAGUGGGAGGAGCAGAAGCUUGACGAACAGGUCAACUUCAGCAACUGCAAGAUCGACCCCGCCCCCAUCCAGCUGGUGGAGCGCACGUCUCUGCAUAAGACACACACCCUCUUCUCCCUGCUGGGCCUCGACCACGCCUACGUAACCAGCAUCGGGCGCCUCAUCGGGGUGGUGUCCCUCAAGGAGCUUCGCAAAGCCAUCGAGGGCUCCGUGGCGGUGACGGGGACGCAGGUGGUUCGCCCUCUGGCCAGCUUCCGGGACAACGGCACCAGGAGCAACGAGAACGAGGCCACCGAGAUCCACGAGCUGUUGGAUCACCACAAAAGCAUGACGCUGCCCCAAGACCCCGCGCCCUCCGAGUCCAACGAGAAGACCCAGUGAGGGGGGGGGGAGAUGAGGUGUUUAAUCUCUGUGAAGGGAAAAUGUUUGUUAUUGUCCAAUAUACUGUACAUUCAUGUUAUAAUCAGGUUUAAAGCAAUUGGGUAAGUAGGGAUAUAACGAUGUUAAUAUAUCCCUGUAUGAUGAGUUACAAUUCAACAGAGCGAAGGGAGAAGCUAACGGGAGGAACAUAGACAGAUGUAGUGAGACGCCAACUAGGCAAGGUUGCAAAGAUAUGCAAAGACAGGAGUCAUCGUGACCCUUUUAGGACAAGAUAGUGUAGAGACACCAGCGGGGGGGACAGCGGUCUCGGGUUUGUGUGAGUAGACGCGAGGAGACAGAACGGGAGGGCCAGUUAGUUUAGCAUCAACAACCAGAUAGAGGGACAAGUGAAGGACAAGGAGAAGAAUAGCGGGACGACAACAACAGCAGGAGAGUUACGUAGUUAGGAUUGAAGGGGAAGAAAUGUAUAAACUGUGUUGUGUCAUCACCUCGUUAGUGUCUUUCCGGAAAGAGCUCGGUUUAUUCGAGUGUUGUUGCUCCAAUAAAUCUCUGUGAAUUGAAGGAUCCA